AUGAUGUCUCUGAAAACUGUGCAAUUGUUGCAAAAAUCUUUUUCGGCUCCACUGCUGUCAGCGGCAUGUUACUAUCACAAGAAUGUAAGUGUUCUGAUCGAAAAAGUUUCUUAUCUAAACGUUUUGUUUUAUGUAAUUGACCAUUACGAACACCCGAGGAAUGUGGGGUCUUUAGAUAAAGACGAUCCGGAUGUCGGCACUGGAAUCGUCGGAGCCCCUGCUUGUGGUGAUGUGAUGAAGCUUCAGAUCAAGGUCGACGAGAACGGUAAGAUUAUCGACGCAAAGUUCAAGACAUUCGGCUGUGGAUCUGCCAUUGCAAGCAGCAGUUUGGCCACCGAGUGGGUGAAGGGAAAAUCGCUUUCCGAAGCGGGAAAAAUAAAGAAUCAGAUCAUUGCGAACGAGCUAAAACUUCCUCCAGUCAAGCUGCAUUGUUCAAUGUUGGCCGAAGAUGCUAUAAAGGCAGCACUGAACGACUACAAAACGAGACAGGAAAAGAAAGCAAAAGCCGUGCAAUGA